AUGGCGGGAAAUUAAGCACCACGUCGUGACCGACAGUGAUCCCUCAAACUUGUAUCGAUAAUGCCGUUUUUUUCUUCUUUCUUUUGCUUUAGCGAUUACGUCUUGACUUCGUUUAUAAGUUUACUCGGUAAAAACUAGUGCAGCUUGUCGUGACGUGUGGGUCAGCGUGAACGUUGUCUCAAACCAGUUUUAAUUGAGUGACAAACAAGCAAAUAGUUUGGCCGUAAUACCAGUUGCAACGAAUAUGACGAGUUUGCAGGAGAUAAUCGUCAUUCUGAGCGAUUUGAAGCAAAGCUUAAUUGCAUUUCAUGGAGUCAAUCCUGUUUAUCCACCACCCAACAAGAGUGAAACAAUGGCACGAGUUGAAGAAUACAUCAAACUAGUUGUGGCUGCCAUAAGUCGAGGGGACUGGCCUUUGCAGCUACCAAUUCAUGGCAGUGACAAGAUGAUGACUUGGAAAGCCGCCAAUCAACGACGUAAAUGUUUGUUACUCUUCCAUCUGCUCGCCAAAUCACAUGCACUUUUACGCACCAAUACCACAUCUACCAAACGUGACAUCUAUUAUGAAGACGUUUCGUUAUGGGGUAACCAACCGGUGCUGGACAGCACAGUAACCCAGAUGACAAGACUGCUGAAUAUUCCGCGACGCUGUCUCAAUAUCGGUGCCACUUCGAAAGGUUUGGUGGCAGGUUCUCUGAACUUUCUCGAUGGAGAUGGCAAGCUCGUUGAUUGCCAAUCGCCAACUGGGAUUUUGAUACCGAACGACGUGGAAAAACUUUCUCAAUUCCGAAGCAAAGCUUUCCACAUCUUGCUAGUUGAGAAAGACAGCACGUUCCAGAAAUUGAUUGACGAUAAGAUCGAAUCCUUCAUCGGCGAAUGUAUUCUCAUCACGGGAAAAGGUUAUCCGGAUGUCAACACUCGUCGUUUCCUGCGUCGCUUGUGGGACGAGUUGCAACUACCCGCGUUGGCUUUGGUGGAUGCAGAUCCGCACGGAAUUUCCAUCCUCGCUGUUUAUCGAUUCGGAAGUCAAAAUUUAGAAGAUAUUGAACAUUUGUCGACUCCCCAACUGAGAUUUAUCGGCCUCCAGCCAAGCGAUAUUGAGCCUUUACACAUCCCUGACGAAGCUAAGUUGCCACUAACUCAACGCGAUCGAUCGCUCAUCGACUCACUGACCCAACGUCCUUCCGUAACCGAAAAUCAACUUCUCCACGAACAGCUGACUGUAUUGCGCCGAUUGAAUUGCAAGGUUGAAAUCCAGGGUCUGACGAAAAUCCACCCGCAGUUUCUCUCUCGUACCUACUUACCGGCCAAGAUCCAGUCCAAGUCUUGGAUUUAGAAAGAAAACCGUAAACCGACAUACAUUUUUUGUUCCUCCCCUCUUCAGUUUUUACUGUUCCAAAGAUAAAUAAAAGAGACGUCGUCAUUUCUGAGAUUUACAUCUGCCAUUCAACGGCGUCUUUAUCGACCGCAGUGAUUGACAUGGCAGCAAUAACGCCGAAAGCAAUAAAAACAAACUUAAUCAAACAGAGUAUGGAUGGUUGAUGUACGAGCACGAGCCUGACGUACACUCGUAAAACGCAACCCUUUUUUUUUUUUGGUUGUUGUUGUCUACAUACUAGCCCAACGUAGCAGUGGGAGGCUAUUACUUGGUCGAACAUUAACAUCCAAAGAGAUUUGUUUCUCGAUUUAAGGCGAUUGUGAUCUUGGGCCAACAGAAAAGAUAUUACGGGCGGAAGGCAGACAUCUCUCUCCCUUUUUGUUUCCGUAAGAAUAGAAAUAGGGAGGCGAGGAGUUUCGUGGCCCUUUGGUGCGUAUUUCCAUUGUUCCAGUCGAUAGAGGACGUUCAAGUGGACAACUAGUGAGAACAAAAAAAUGAAAGGGGGGAGGACUACUGCCACUCGAUCCAAAGUUCCCAUAGUGUGUUCAUCCCUACUAUUCCAUAAACAUCAAAAAAUAGAUGUACGGAGGAAGGACGAGUUAUCCUUCAUAGAGGAAAAGGAAAAAGAAUUUCCUUUUGGUCGUCGGAUAAGAAUCUCGGUAGGAAUUGGCCCUUUUUUUUUUUGUCCUUCGGCAGGAAUCCAUCCGCACGUUAAGCUAUACACUUCUAUAAUAAUCCUGCUUUUGCCCUUUCCGCAAAAAGAAAUAUUCUUUUACUUCAGUCAGAGCUCACUGCGAUCCUGCUUGUUUAUCUUUUAUCAGCUGCAACGCCCAUUCGAGUAGACACACACACACACGCGUAUUAUAAUAUAAUUCCUAUCGAUUGGGAUGACUUGUUUAGCUGAGUGAGUGUAGUUACUAAAUAAGAGGAUACAUCGAGUCUUCCGGCCUGAGUCUGCAGAUAUUUUUGGGUGGCAUCCUUUGAAAUAGGGAGCCUCCCCUGCGGUGCCAUUAAAUAUUCAUCAUUAUUGCAAGUUUCCAAGACCGUAAUGGUUUCCCUUUUUAUUUUGCGCAUCAACUGUAUAGGACGAAGAGCAGAACUUGUUGGUGACAUUAAAAUAAUGCGCCUCUCUGGUUUUUUUUAGAUCCCUUUUUGAUUGCCUCUUCCGCCUUAAAUUGUCGGAAAACGUCAGUUAUUGAGAUUUAUAGUGCCUUUUAUUUUUUUCUAACGUUCUCCUCGCGAUUGGUAUCCUUCAUCGUUUAUUCAAAGAUGCCCAUUUCGUAUGUAACGCUAGCGGAGCGACUAAAUGAAUAACUAAGACUUUGAGUGCCACUGCAUGUUUCAUGGAAAUGAGGUGAUAUACUUGUCACGGCUGUCCAUUCUGUGAAACUGAAGGAAAAGGACGAGCAAUAUUUGUAUAUGUAUGAAACUGUUGGCACACGGGGAGGGGGCGACGCUUGCGCCGUUGCUUACAAAGAAAAGGACGUAAGGCUAAACAGAAGGGGCCAACUCACGAAGACUCGGUGCGCAACGGGACACUAUAUACGUAGCCUUCAGUUUCGGCUUCCAGUUGAGAAAGGAAGCUGAGCCGCGUGCAGCACCAUGAGAUCUCUAGUUUCUUGUUACUAUCGUUUAAAUCGACGGUUACUCGUAAGAUAGUUUGGCUUCUAGCGGACGUGAUGUGAAACUUUUAUACGGGAAGUAAGGGAGGGGGGAGGGGAGGACAUUCGCGGUGGCCGAGUGUCAACAGACACAACGAAUAGCGUCUGUCAAUCGUUAACACGUACAGGAGGCCCGGAAUCAACAAGUGAUUGCUAGACACCAGAGAUUCUGCUAUUUGUUGAAGAAGGAAAUAAGUUAGUGAUUUGCAGACCGACAACCGAGUUUAUUGGUUGAUCGAUCGGCCGAAUCGAUUACCGGACGAGACCAGUCAACAGCUGUGCAGUAAAACUGUUUCUCGCGCUGUGUUGCAAUUGUUGUAUCGCAUGUCUGCCAAGAAAAGCGGCUGCGUUUCUACAUUCGUGGGGUAUGUAAACACGUAACAUCAUUUAUUAUACGUUUCUAUUAUUAGCGCCGCGCAUUUCUUAAUGAAAAGAAUAAUGGCUGGGUCAAUUAUUUAAAUUGAAUGGUAAUAUGAGAUUGGCUUCCGUAAGAUGAAAACCUAGACACAGGAACUUGCUAAAUGAAUUUUCCACCGUCUGAUGUCAUAAUAUCAUAACGUUUCAUUAUUUCCCCCCCCCGCAUUCUUUUAGACUUUAUAUUGACAAAGUUCGCACGUAAAUGGUGGACUAUCCUCUA